AAUUUCUACUCAUUUUUGCCAAGCUUUAAGCCUAAUUAAAAAGCUAGAAAGUCAUCCUAAUUGUCUUUGACUAACUUCAUUCCAAAACUUCAUUCAAUAACAUAAUUUCAAAAUUACUGUCACAACAUUAUUCCUCCGCAUUUCCAUUCCGUUUGUAAGGUGCAAUAAAAAUACUACAACUACAUAUGUAUCUACAGUUAUAUCAAAGCGCAUAAUUAUUUACAAAUAUGCGGCAUAAUAGUUAGCAGUCAUGGAUCGUGAAGAGUGAUCUAUGUAUACAACUUACCUACCUAUUAUAUUGUGUUUCCAAUUCCAUCGUAGUGCUGCAUGGGGUACCAGUCGAGGUGAACCUCGCCAUGAAAUGAAUUUCUUCUGUCUAAACAUGUGUGCGUAGAUUAAAGUAGACAUAGUUCAGAAAAUGUGAUGUCUCUGCUAAAAGGUAGAAAAUGUUGAUGGCGAGAAAUACCGUUGACGAAAGUCGGGGUUUCGCAGAUAAUACGGAACGAUGCCACGAAAAAAAUAUCACGAAGUUUAAUGAAACAAAGAGGAAAAAAAAAGAAUUUAGGUCUUCAACUGCGGUUAACGCCGUAAAAAACAUUGUAGGAAUACAAGAAGUAAAAUGGCCUCGUGAAAAUUUCACUAACAUAAAGAAGUGCAACUACCUAGAUCAAAAACUGUAUAAACGGACAGCCCAGCCGCAGAAAGACAAUCAAAACUGGUGGGAAAUAAAACUUAUCAUAGCCAACCCUUACACAUUACAAACGAAAAGCAUACAAUACAAUACGAACAGACAUGGAUUGAACAAAAUUUUACUAAUGUAUUUACAUACAAAUUUAGCACACAAAACAGCAGAGCAACAGGUAUAUCCGACGUCAAACUUAUAUGAUAUAGAAAGAAGCUCAAACCAGUACGUUUUAGUAUCUGACCAGAGUGGUUACACUCAAUUAUGUCCAUCCGCAACAUAUUUAGUGAACGUAUCAUCAUACUUGUCUGACCUUCAAAUCUCAAAGUCUACAAACGCCGGAUUCAAACAUUUUCUAGUAAACUCCAAUUUACUACAAGAAACUAAAACAGAAGAAAAACAAAACAGGUUCUCUAACUCAAAAACAACAAAUACUUCUCUAUUUAGAAAAAAAAACGAGAUAUCCGGAAAUGGAAACCUAACUAACUUGACACCGUUAUCUACACACCAACAAUCGCCUUUUUACAAUCUGAAAGGCGCUUUAGGACCGUAUGCGCAAAUACAAGUGGUAUAUAAUGUUAUGGAGCAAGCAGGUACAGAGAAGAAAGAAAAGGGUACUUCCCAACAAUUCAAACAAAAAUCGCAGGGUAUUGGGAGCGGGUCCGUAAGUGGUGGAAACGAUAGUUCCAGUACAUCGUCGAAACGGCGAACGAUCAAAAUUGAGUCAGGUGUUAGUUUCAGCGUAGAAUUCAUUGAUAAAGAUAAAAGUAGUGCUAGUUCAGUAUCCAGCCCUGCACCAGAUACUGGCAAAAAGAAAGGAGGUAAGAAAGCCUUACAUCGAUGUCUUUGUACCACAUCAUUUCCAACAGACGAUAAAAAACUGAAAAAUAAACCAUGUGAUUCCGGUGUAUGUGUUCCGGGCAGUUGCAGUCCAAGUGAAUGUUUUAAACGACUUCAAGAAAAGUAUGGAAGUAAAAAGAAAAGUGAUAGUGAUGUUUCUUCCGGUCAGGCAUCACAAACACGAAAAACGAAAGAAAAACCUGGAAAAGUACUUAAAGAAAAAGGUUCAUCAAGCAUUUCAAAAUAUAAGGAAAGUGUCGAGGAAAAACCUCCACCGCAGCCAGAAAAGAAGAACUUCAUGACAACUAUGAAACAAUGUUGUCAGAAAUUACAAUUUUGGAAAAAAGAUAAGCAUAUAGAACUUAAACCCGGGGUUAUGGGCACUAACAUAUCUCUUAAAAAAGACGACACAGCUACAGCGGAUGCAAAAACAUCUACUGGAAAAAAAGGAAAGAAAGAAAAGGGCAAGGAAGGAAAAGGCAAGGAAGAAAAGGGCAAGAAAGAAAAGGGUAAGAAAGAAAAGGGUAAGAAAAAGAUAGAUACGAAAGAAGAAGUAAAAACAGAAACAAAAUCAACUGGAAAAGGAACGAAAAAGGUCCGACCUUUAAAACCAUACGAAUGCGAACCCGGUGUUUGUACUCCAAAAGUGUGCAGUCCAAAAGAGUGCUAUGAACGAAAAUAUCCACCGCCACCCCCACCAAAGAUUACCCAAUGUAUGAAAAUUAAAAAUUGUUUCUUAAAAAUGUGUUGUAAACGACCAGCUGCAGUAGAAAACGAUGCGGCAACCCAAUCGAGAAAAGCUGUACUUGAAAAAACACCAGGGGCAACUGUGUAUCAAGAAAAAGGAACGUCAGGGCCAAAGUCCGGCAAGUCAUCUCCAGGAGUAACGCCAACAACAAAGGAAUCAGGCAAAACUAAAAAGGGAGGUAAAGGGAAACAAGACGCGGGCGUCCAACAGCCUACCUACUCACUUGAUGGCGGCGAUGUCCAGACCAGGCAGCAUACAGGGUUCCCCGGUGUACAAUAUUACCAAACUGUCGACCCGAAUACUAUGACUACUCGGCAGGGGCUUAACAUCGGAUCUGAGUGCGAGUGUAGUGUUGAGUUUUACAAAAAGGUCUUUUGAGUAUUUGUUUAAGU